UCUGGUGGAGGCGGGCGGGUCUGAGAGGUGGGGCUUGAGACGCUCCUUUCAGGAGCCCACACUGCGGCGUCUGAGGGGGAAAGUGUGGCAUUAUGGCCUCUGUGCUGUCCUACGAAAGCCUGGUACACGCCGUGGCCGGAGCCGUGGGAAGUGUGACUGCCAUGACAGUGUUCUUUCCCUUGGAUACCGCCAGACUCCGACUUCAGGUUGAUGAGAAAAGAAAGUCAAAAACUACGCAUGCAGUGCUCCUGGAGAUUAUUAAGGAAGAAGGCCUUCUGGCACCAUACCGAGGGUGGUUUCCAGUUAUUUCCAGUCUCUGCUGCUCCAAUUUUGUCUAUUUCUACACUUUUAAUAGCCUUAAAGCAAUAUGGGUCAAAGGUCAACGUUCUUCUACAGGAAAAGAUCUGGUGGUUGGAUUUGUUGCAGGAGUGGUGAAUGUGUUGCUAACGACUCCACUCUGGGUGGUAAACACCAGACUGAAGCUGCAAGGGGCAAAAUUUCGGAAUGAAGACAUUAUACCAACUAACUACAAAGGCAUUAUAGAUGCAUUCCACCAGAUUAUUCGAGAUGAAGGGGUUUUGGCUCUGUGGAAUGGCACCUUUCCCUCCUUGCUGUUGGUCUUCAACCCCGCCAUCCAGUUCAUGUUCUACGAAGGCUUGAAACGGCAGCUUUUAAAGAAGCGGAUGAAGCUCUCUUCUCUGGAUGUGUUCAUCAUUGGUGCAAUAGCCAAAGCGAUCGCCACCACAGUCACCUAUCCCAUGCAGACGGUACAGUCGAUUCUGAGGUUUGGACGUCAUAGACUAAACCCAGAAAACAGAACACUGGGGAGUCUUCGGAAUGUUCUCUAUCUUCUUCACCAGCGAGUCAAGCGCUUUGGAAUAAUAGGACUCUACAAAGGCCUUGAAGCCAAGCUGCUCCAGACAGUGCUCACAGCUGCCCUCAUGUUCCUUGUGUACGAGAAACUGACCGCUGCUACCUUCACCGUCAUGGGUCUGAAGAGCGCGCCCAGGCACUGAGGGCCUCCCUCAGGACCGGGUGAAGAUGCACGGGCCGCACAGAGAGGAGAGGCGUGGCGCUCCUUUCCCUCUGUCCAUCCACACCACAGACAUUCCUGUCGUUGACCGCAAAGGCAUCGCAGGCUAAACAGGGAGUAUAGUUGGCUAGGCCUGUUGCCAACUUAGUUUUUAUGGUGUUGGGUUGGAUUCGGGGCUGGGGGGUUAGACUAAUAUGAAAACCUGAAACAAUAAGUUGAUGGGUGGAUAUUAAUUUUCUCAAGGGGUAUGGACUUUCCAUCUGAAGCUUUUCUCACCUCUGGCACUCGUUCUCUUUCCCUGAACGUUCCCCCAGGUUCUGAACGAUUCAGUAACGUAAUUCUCCUCGGAUACUUGUAUGUGUCUUAAUCUUGGUAAAGACUCUCCUCACUGAAAUAACACGAUGACUGUGCCGUGGGUGUGACUUCACUUCUUUUUGACUCUUUUCCUCCUGCUUGACAAGAGUUAAGUCAGCUGUUUAUUUUGUGGGGGAAAUGAAAAAUAUUAAUCCAAAAUGAUUUUCUUAAAAAUUGUAAAUGUUAAUUAUUCAUUAGUGUUUGACAUAGUUUUUUAAAUACAUAUUUAUUUUGAAUUGUCUUUUAUUACAAAAAAAGCCCUGAUGUUGUAUGUCCAUUCAUGCAAGAUCCAAUCAGACAAACCUCAAUAAAUUGUCAGCACACACACAGAAAAACA